AUGGGCCGUCCAGGUGCACACCAUGCAAUCGAAAACGCAUCAAGUGCUCAGGAGGAAACCCCUGUGAGCAAUGUUCUGCCGGUCGCCGAGAUUGUUUCUAUCCUCCUGGGGCAGUCGCUCGAGCAAGCCAGGCAAGCCAUCGUAGCCAUCUUGGGGGUGCCCGACCUGCGCUCGCGCGCGAGGCUCCAGGCGCAGCUACAACAAGUUGUCGAUUCGAUGCCUAACCCGGUAUCUAUGGGUGAUGAUGAGCGGCCGAACAUGUCGCCCGCCGCGUCAAGCACGACCUUGGGCUCUUCUCCUCAAAGCGGCACGUACCAGCCGCACCGAGGUUAUCACCCGAGGAGAGCUACCGGCGAUGCCGAUGCCGCACCCACUGAAGGGUCCUUUCUCCAAGAUCACGAUGGCACCAAACGCUGGCUCGGUGGGACCUCUGGUGCCACGUUCCUAGAUCACCUGAAAACUUUCAUGCAUACGCUACGAACUGCCCUUGGUUACAAUGAGACGCCUACCGAAACAGCUCCGGGGUCGUCCUUCCUAGCCUCUCGUGGGCAGUACCAGACAUCUGACUCGCGCCUGUUGAACAUGCCAACCCUCGACAACACCAGCACAGCCGCUCAGAUCAGCGACGAGCAAGCCGAGCACUUGUUCCGUCAAGUGAACCGAUACAUCCAGGACUCUAUGGGGCAGUGGCCAUGCGGGGGGAUCUACUAUUUGGGUGACUUUUCACUGCAGGGAUGGAAGAGCGCACAGGGUCGGGAGCUAGCCCUCUACCAUGCUGCCUUCGCGCUGGGAACCAUCUUCUCUCUCACAGCUGCCAACUCUAGGCAAGAUGGGCAGUUGGGGGAAAUGUUCCUCGCAACAGCUCGCAAGAUCCUCGGGGAUCCCUGGGACCCCUCACGCUACAGCAUUCGGGACGUCCCGGCCCUAGCUCUCAUGGCCAUGUACAUGGCCGAAGUCAACCGGCGAGACAAUUCGUAUAACUACUUGUCCCAUGCUAUGAGCAUUUGCUGCAUGUGCGGUGGGCUCAAGGCCCUUUCUUGGGAUGAGAAGGACAUUCGUAUAGUAUGGACACUGUUCUGUCUGACUAGAGACGCGGGUUGCCUGAUGGGGCGGCCUCCCGUGUUCUCAGACGAGGCUUUCCAGCUCAGCGAACCGCAACCGGAGCAGGGUUUGCCUCCUCCGGAUGGCCUGAUGGCUCACGUUCAGCUCUCUAAAAUUGCCGGCUAUAUCGUUUCUAAUACAUACUCCGUCGCACCGACAGUCGAGGCCGACCAAGACCUCAGGGCUCAAGUCCAGGAGCCCUUGAAAAUGUUGGAAACCUGGCGCAAAAACCUCCCACCGGCGCUUCAAAUGCCCCUGGAUCUCCAAGCAGAGUCUCCUUUUGACACCGACUACGACAACGCCAAUGCAAUAUAUGCAGACCGUGCGCUGUGCACGUUACACAUGAAGUGCCAUCAGCUGAUGAUUCUCACUCUUCGGCCGCUUUUCUUCCUCGCCGUGAAAUCUUACAUUGGUGGCGACCUGAUCAAAGUGCCGCGUGACAUCUAUCAUCACGAGCAUAUCACAUUCCUGCUGGAAUGCGCCAAUGCUGCACGACGUAAUCUGCGGUUGGGGCGGCACAUCUUGAUGCGGUGCAACCAAGGGGGCACAGUACCCGGCAAGCCGAUCAUGAUAGAUCUUCACCACAUCUUCAACGCUGCGGUGAUCAUGCUCCUGUAUCAGAUGGUGUUCACGUCUUCUCACUCAUCAGAUGCAUCUGCCCUGCGUUUCGCAAGGAAGGCCUUCGAAAGGGAGGCGAAGACGGAGUGUCUGUCCAACAGCAACAGGACUAGUGGUAUGGGGAUUGCAUCCGGGCCGACAGGUUAUGCCUCGGACUGUCUUGGUGUCCUAAAUGAUCUGACAGAGCUCGUCGAUCGGAUACGACCGCUGCGAUUCAAAGAUCAGGCCGGAAUAAAUGAGGACGAAAUGGACUGGGCCACCGGCAUAAACUUCGGUGGCAGUGAGACCGUCGGGGCUGGGACUGGCCACAUCAUGAGCGACGAGGCGCUCGAGGCAAAUCUUGCCAUGCCAUUUGAUAUCGAAGGCCUCUACGGCCCCUUGGGGUACUCUGGCAUGCCCCCCGAAAGCCACACCCAUGGCAAGGAGCUUCAGAUGUGGAUGGACGGGGAGAGUAUGAUCAACGCGUUGUCGGAUGUGUGGCAUGUGACAUGA